AUGACUCACUACAGUAACCUCUUUUAUUUAUUUGUUUCACUGAAAUAGAACAUUCUAGAAAGCGAUAAAGAGAAUGCUUGUUUCAAGCCGCCGACUCAAGAGGCAAUCACGCGGCCGCUUGUCAUUGAUGGCUGCAACAUCGGAAGAAGUGCUUCCGGUUACGCAAGAACGUACGUUUCCACAAGCUAAUGUCAGAAAAAAAUUCUUGGAAUCAGAAGAUUUCAUCAAAGUAUCACUACUGAGCCUUUUCAGUCACGUGGAUUGCGCGGGACUCGUGUCCGUCGUCCGAUGGCUUCUGCUCCGAAACUUCGAUGCAAGACUACACAAUCCCCCGUUCUGUCUUCUGAAUGUUUUCUUUGCAGGUCACCGUGUUUCUGCCCGUCGUCUACAAUAACAUUAACAACUACAACUCUCGAAACGCGGAACUGCUGACGGUAUAAUUAUAGCGAAGUUUGCUCAUUCCGAAAUGUUUUUCAGAAGCUCGAGCAACUCGGAAUCGUGACUUUCACGCCGGCCAGAAGUGGGCGUGGGCUGCGGAAGUGAGUCAGAAUUUCGAGAUGGCGUCGAUCAGAGCGCACAUUUCCAUUUGUUUUCAGAGCCUUCAUCAACUACGACGAUUUGUAUGUUGUUUCGUACGCGGCACGUCACGGAGGUACAAUUCUUAGCGGAGACAAGUUCAAAGACAUUCUCAAUCAGCAGUGCUACAGCGACUUCCACGACGUCAUCAGAAAUCGAACUAUCGACGUCAAAUUCCGUCCGCUGACUCUUGAUUAUGUCUCGUACAAUGGCGAUAAGUUCUAUCGGCAUGCUCCCGAAUUAUUCACUUGUGAGCAUUCAUCUCGAUCUCUGAAUGGCCUGAAUUCCAUCCUCAGAUGACAAUCUCGGGAUACGAAGUGAACUGAUUCGACAUCGUUUGUAUGCUCUACCCCAUGAGCACGACUACAAUCUAGUCAAGACUCAGAAAGGACAGAUAACCGAUGAAAGAAGAGCUUUUCUGUGUUCGGAGCUGGAGUCGGUGCUCACUUCGAUGAGUUACGCGGCCGGAAAAUUGUUCCGAGAAGUGACUGAACUGCCGUGUAUGGACAAUGUAUGUGGGAUAAAGUGACGAAUCGCAAACACGUUUCUCUUGCAGCAUUACCAAGGAGUGAGAAUUGAAGACGUCGCCUCGAGAGCUACCGUUGAGGCAUUCUACAAAAGGUAUCCGAGAAGGGAGACGAAGAGUGAUCCGUCUCAAGAAUGGGUCAUGGAGCCGAUUAUGGAAGUGUUGGAUGCUCCGAGACGGGAUGUUGUGUCUAUUAUCGGGGGACCGGCAGCUCCUAAACUGAAGAAUACGGCCGAAAAUCAGCGAGUGCCCGAGCCGCCAAGUGAAGUCCCAGAGCAACAAGAGCCAGAGCCCGAGCAGGAACCGGAACCGCCGGCGCCAGCACCGGCGAAAGUGGUCCCGCAGAAGAUCCAACUGCCCAGAGAUCUUUCCCUCAAGUCUCUUCUCGAAUGGUUCACGCUGGCCGAAGAGGCGAGAAAAAUACAGGAAUGA